AUGACGCUUUCUUCUCCCUCUUCGGAGGAUAAUGACAAUGACAGUGAUGCUACCAGCAAACGCAUAGCUCUUACCCUUGACCGCCAGCCUGUGGCGCGCCCUUCUAUUCAUGAUGAUGAUGCAUCCUAUCUUGAUGAAGAUGGUGAAGAAGAGGAGGAAAUCGCAGAGAGAACAUUGUGUCCACUGCCAAGCUACUGUUCGCAAGAAACAACAUGGUCUGAGGAUGCGUUUAUGUACCAAACCAACCCAGGCCACAAGAAAGAAUUGAGGGCUGCCAACAAAGAAGCGAGGAUCGCCAAACAGAAACAGUUGAUGGGGAUUAGGGAUGACACUCCUCCAUCCACAGUUCACCGCGCGCAUCUUCAUUUCUAUCAUCAUCAUCAUCAAUCAUCAUUCAUCAUUCCAUUCAUCAUUCAUCAUCAUCAUCAUCAUUCAUCAUCAUCAUCUAUCAUCAUCUUUGCUAUCAUCAUUUCAUCAUCAUCAUCUAUCAUCAUCAUCACAACAACAACAACAACAAUCAACAACACAACAACAACAACAAAACAACAAAACAACAACAAACAAAUUGAUGCCGCCAAAGGUCGCUUCUCGCUUGGCUUACCAUUUACUCCUUGCACGGACCAAGCCCAGAAUCUGCGAAACUACCAGCAAUUCCUAAUGAACGGAGGUGAUAGCACAGGAGGUU